AUGGUGAGAAUCUUCGUAACGGUUCUUCAAAGAGGUCUGACGAAUCCUUAUGGCGUCCUGAAGCAAGUAAGGCAAAAUCUUACAAAUCUAAAGCAGCUAUAGUUGAGCCUUCUAUCCGCACCUAUAUUUUUAGACAGUUGUAUACGCUUUUCUUACAAAAUUUUCAAGACAGAGCCAAGAAAAGAGGUUCAGAUUUUUUUUGCAAUAGUUGAAUCGAGCUGGUGAUAAUGAAGAACGACUAAUCAAACUUUUUGAAAUUUCGGAAAGGACCAUCUUAUUAUCAUCUCAAAGAUAGAAGGUCAGACAAAUUUUUAAGAGAGUAAAUCGGCUUUACUCUCAAAACGAAAAUUUCACGAAAAAAAAAGCAAAAUUGAAAACCGGCGCCCGUUGUUGAGCCUUAUCAGCCAAACUCGACAGAACUGUUUUCGGCACCGUCAAACGUCGUUUCCUCUCAUCGCUCGCCUUUUUGUUUGUUGACUCGGUUUUGAGAAUUUAUGGCUUUUAUGAUAUGAUUCGAUGAAUGCAACAUUGAAAGGCGGAAGAGGAAAAAAACUAGGAAAAGGAAAUUCACAAAAAAUGAACGAUCUUCUAGAUACUCCUCAACUUUCAUUCUUCCCAGUUAAUCGAAAAAAAAUGCAGGUUUUUUAUCUCUGAGAAAAGCUGGAAUCAUUCAAAAAAUAAAAUUCAAUUCGAUUCUCAAACCGAAGUUUCAUGAAUCUCAUGGUUAUAAUUAAAAUUUUAUACAAGUUACCGUUUUCUGGAGAUAAUUGUAGACAUUGAGAAGAAAGAUUUGAAUGAUAUCAAUCAAGGUCGAGAAUGUUCAUUCAAUCAACUUAAAAAACAGAAAAAGAACAAAAUUUCCCGAAAGUCCAGAACAAAUGAAUCAUCUACUUGUACAGAAACUGGUACAGCCCAUAAAACACGCGAGAACAGAAAAAAUGAGAUUCAUAGGUUCGUUUGCCAAAAACUCUGCCAUUUUGACAAGUUGGACUACGCAAAACAAAGAAGCAAAGCGGACUGGUUUUUUCAGGCGGCGGAACGCCGUAAAAGCCGGCGACGCGCGAGUAGAUAAUGUGCGGGCGCCUUUGCCGCCGGUCGCCACCGUCCCUGGAGAAUCCCCAGAAGAAGGAGUGGAGGUCCUUCCUCACUCGUGGAGCUUCAGUCUCACUUAUCCGUUCGUCUUUUGCCUUGUUCCAGUUCAAAUGAAGUGA